AUGGCAGGGUCGAUCAGUACAGAAACCUCGGUGGAUUCUGCUCUACAUCAAGCACUUAAAUUCCAUAAUGAACGUGUAUCUAUCAUUAAUGAGGAUCCGUCAUCCAGAACGUUUCUAUUUUGGUUUAUUGUAUCGUGUUAUUUCCCUGUAAUUACGGCUUGUUUGGGACCAAUUGCAAACACUAUAUCGAUUGCCUGUGUUGUUGAACGAUGGCGUAGUAAUGCUAUAAAAUAUGUCGAUCAUGGAGUAAAUGGGGUUCAAGCAAUUCCGGUAAAGAUAGCUGAUCCAAAAGGUAUAUUUGCAAUAAACAUUUUAUCCCUGGUUUUUGGAUUUAUUUCAAAUACUGUUUUGAUUAUGCAUUUUACAAGAAAAUUAAGUUAUUUAAAAUCUCAAGCAAUUAAUAUUACAGGCUGGUCAUGUGCAGGCUGGUUACUAUUAGCAGAUGUCGUCGUCUGUUCUAAAUAUGAUAUGCCUCAUGGAUUUCAUAGAACUAUUGGGUUUUGGUUUGCUUGUUUCACUUCAGGUCUAUAUUUAGUAUGCGCAGGGACAUUAUGUGUGCAUUUUAUCGGAUUCAGAUUAGGUAAAUACCCUGCAACUUUUAAUUUAUUUACUAAUGAAAGAAGUAUCAUCUUAUUUACAGUACUAUUAUCCCUAUGGCUAAUUUGGGGAUCGGCAAUGUUUUCAGGUCUAUUAGGAGUGUCAUAUGGUAAUGCUCUUUAUUUUUGUACAGUAUCUUUAUUGACGGUAGGGUUUGGUGAUAUCUUACCCCCGAGUGUGGCAGCAAAAAUUAUGGCUUUAAUAUUUUCUGUGAGUGGUGUUCUAUUAUUAGGUUUAAUUGUCUUUAUGACAAGAUCAAUUAUUCAAAAAUCAUCGGGUCCAAUUUUUUAUUUUCAUAGGUUAGAGACCAUUAGAUCAAACACAUGGAAAAAAAUUGAUAAUGGGAAAUUAACUUUAACUAAUAAAGAAUCCUUUGAACUGAUGUCCAAGUAUAAACGUUCUUCAAAGCUUAAAGAACAUUUAUUCUCUUUAAUGGUCACUACAAUUGUCUUCCUAAUGUUUUGGUUGCUUGGUGCUAUGGUAUUCCAUUAUGCGGAAGGUUGGUCAUAUUUCAAUUGUAUAUAUUUUUGUUUCUUAUGUUUAUUGACUAUUGGGUACGGUAGUGAUUUUGCACCAUCUACAGGUGCAGGGAGAGCAUUCUUUGUAGUUUGGGCAAUUGGCGCAGUUCCAUUGAUGGGUGCAAUCUUAUCUACUUUGGGUGAUGUUCUAUAUGAUACAGCAAAUAAACUAGACAGUAAUUUUGCCAAAAGGUUCGGAUUCGCUAUAAAAUAUAUGAUUGUUAACACUGCUGAGAGGACUGUUCGGGCUGAGAGAAAUCAUGUGAAACAUCAUAGCCAUCAUCGUCACCAUCACCAUCAUCUGAAAACGCGUAAACUAUUUGUUACACCUAAUGCUAUUGUGGAUUCUGUAGAUGAUGCACAGGAUGUGGAUGGUACACCAGAAUUAAUAACCGACUUAGCAUAUAAUACAGAUAAUGAUACCGAUCCCCCUGAAGACGAUAAUGAUACAGUUUGUAGCACUACAGGUGUUGCAACGACGAUAUCACACCCUCAGGAACAGAAUAUACAUGAUAAGGGAGAUCAACAAAGUGAUGAAAUCGACGAAAGUUUAAAAUUUAACGGAUCAGAGUUGAUGGCCAAUAAUACUAGUAAUGAAACGGAUCUUGAGGCUCAACUGGAUGCUAAUUCACGUCGUAAUAGUAUGAAGACCAAAAGUUCGCAUGGUAAUGAUAGUCGGGUGUCCGAUGAUUCCAUUGACCCCUUGGAAGUGGUCAAUUUAUUGACCGAUAAAGAUAUUACACAGACUAGAGAUGCUUUGUUUUAUAAAUUGGAAGAUUUACAAAGACAAUUACUUGAUUUAAGAAAAUUACAUCAAUUAUCUAUUACAAAUCCAAAUUAUUCAUUAAGUUUUCAACAAUGGACAAACUUAAGAAUUCUUAAUCAACAUUCGCUCAAUGAACAAAAUCAUAGUACCGAAUUAGAGGAGUCAAAUUUCUGGUUAUCGGCAAACACGCCUUUAAGGUUCCCAUUGAAUGAACCCCAUUAUGCAUUUAAUAGAUUGUUUAGACACAUUGACUUACAGAUGGAUCGUUUGUUACAUGAUUCAAGAGGUAUCAUUGCAAAUAGAGACCAUUUCACGCAAUCUUAUUUUGGAUUACAAGAUGAGCCCUUUCUCAAAACAGUAACGAGACGUAGAGCUUUCACCAACCAAUCACUACCUACACAUUGGAAUGAGUCCACAACUAGAACUGUACAUCCAGACAGGACUUUUCUGAGACGUUCAUUGUCAGGAAAAGGGGACGAUGAAUCAUUGGCAACCUCAAAUUCCAGCGAUUCUGAGGAUUUCUCACCAGAGUCAUUUCCUUAA